GGCCACGCCAAAAACAAAAAACGAAAGAUACACCCUCUACAUCUAAACAUCCUCCACCAACGAGCAGCAAACAGAUUAACAACCAAAAUGGUAGAGACUCGCGAAAGAAAACGCCGUCGGCAUAGUGGGAAAAGGCCAACCCUCACCAUCAGAAUCACCAAACCCAACAGCGACUUGCCGACCUUCACCACCACACUCAUAGAGCGGGCCAUCAACGCCGCCGAAAAUACCGAGUCCAUCCCAAUCCUCAGCAAUCCGGCCACGAACCACCACCCCAUCACCCCCGUCGACUCCAGACCCGCGAGGGAUUCCGAUCCCGUCUUCGAAAUAAUCAGGGACAGCGGGCGCCUCAUGGAACUCGUCGACCGACUCGCUGAGAUGCAGACCGAUUUGGGGGAGCAUUUGGGUUCGAUUGAUGAGGGGAGAUUGGCCGGGGAGGCACAUUAUCUGGAUACGGCGGUUUGGGCGUUGGAGAAGCUGGUUGCUAGUAGGGAGGAGGGCUGUGGUGGUGGUGGUGGUGGUGGUGGUGGUAGUGGUGGUUGUGGUGAUGGUGGGAAUUAAAUUGGUUGGUUGGUUAUUUGCGAUUAUUUGCGAUUUAUGUAUUUGAAUGGAUGAAGGGGUCUUUACCCCCCUAGACAUUGUGCUUGUACGUGUACACACUUUGGAGUUAUACGGGUGAGGGAGUGAGGAUGUGGUGAUUAGUGGAAGCAUCCAUUGUCGAGGGGUUAGAACUGUGAGCAAGUAUUCACUGUAUUCCACCAAGUGUCUCCACACUCGAGAGAUCAUCGAGUUAGGUGAAGGAUGGCGCUCUGAUUGAACCCUACUAUUUCUCUAAAUUCAGUCAAAAGCUCUUAUGACGAAGCCCUAUUCAUCGAUGGGAAAGUGAGCACUCUUGGACCCACAGUGAUCCUGCGAGAAAAUUAUGGAGAAAUCGGUUUUAUUGUCGCUAUUUGAUAUCAAUG